AUGAAGCUUGAUGUGAAAAAUUAUUUAAAAAUCUCAACAAUUCAUGGAGUUCGGUACAUUUCCAGCCGUUCUCAUAUUGUGGAAAAAAUCUUUUGGACAAUAGUUUUGACGUCGUCAGUUCUUUACACUUUCAAACUUUUCUACGAUCUUGCAGUGAAGAUGAAAAACUUUCCAAUUGUCGUGUAUUUGUCGGAUAAGGCAGUUCCUGUAUCUGAGGUUAGGUUUGACGUUGUCUUUGACCUUGUUUUUGACGUUGUCUUUGACCUUGUCUUUGACCUUGUCUUUGACCUUGUCUUUGACAUUGUCUUUGACCUUGUCUUUGACAUUGGCUUUGACCUUGUCUUUGACCUUGUCUUUGACAUUGGCUUAGACCUUGUCAUUGACUUUGUCUUUGACAUUGGCUUUGACCUUGUCUUUGACAUUGUCUUUGACCUUGUCUUUGACCUUGGCUUUGACCCUGUCUUUGACCCAGUCUUUGACAUUGGCUUUGACCUUGUCUUUGACAUUGUCUUUGACCUUGUCUUUGACCUUGGCUUUGACCUUGUCAUUGACCUUGGCUUUGACCUUAUUUACUUUCCAGCUGUGACAGUUUGUCCUCAUUUCUUGCCGUACAUCCCAAGGUUUAUAAGAAAAGGUUUUCGUCCAUACGAUUAUCAUGGAUAUGACAAAAAUACAAACACAAGAACUUAUUAUGAAACUGAAGAAUAUUUAGAAAAAUCGAUAGACGAACGAAGGCUGAACUUGACGUAUGUUGAGAUUUUGAAGAGAAUUGGCAUAGGAAAAAUUGAUCCCAGCACUUUGGGGAUGAGAAUGCUUAAGAGGCUUCAAGUUGUUGACUUGAUUAAAAAUAUGAACAUUUUUCAAAAACGUAACUUUUCAAUCCCAUCCGAUGACAUCAUUGACGUAAUGAAUGAGUUUCAGAAGGAAUUCAAUUCGGAAUCACAUGUUAGGUUCUUUUGGGUCAAUGAUGAUAGUCAGCUAUUAUCAGAAAUUAUAACACCUUAUGGACUAUGCUUUACAUUCAAUAUGGCAAUGGUUAAUGAUUUCAUAAAUGUUACUUCAACUUCUAAUGACUUUCAUCUUCAACUAUUUUAUCAAUAUGAAUUGUACAAGUCAGUUCCACCUCAAUAUUUACCAAGGAGAAUUUCAACAUCAAUUGCUGGACUUUAUGUGCAAAUGCACUUAACUUAUAUACAUUUUGAAGCAGUUGAAGCUAAUUUUGAUGGACUCUUGGUUAGCAUUCAUGAUCCCUUUGAACUUCCAACUAGUUCUGGACUAAAUAUCAUAGCUAAGUCGUUUCAGCUGUCUGAAAUCAAAGUUCAUCCGCAACUUUAUUCUAUUGAUGAUUCUUUGGUUAAUUAUAGUCCUGAAAAUCGGAAUUGUUAUCUAGAAACUGAAAAGACACUGAAAUUCUUUAAGCGAUACACAAAAGCCAACUGCAUCCAAGAAUGUCUGACUGAUUUUAUGAUCAAUCGAUGCAGCUGCGUCGAGUUCUUCAUGAUCAGAAAUUCAUUAACUCGAAUUUGUUCAGCAAAUGAAAGAAAUUGCAUAGAAAAUUCCAAAAAUGCUUUUGAAGCUCAACAGCAGUCUUGUGGAUGUCUGCAGCCAUGCGAUUAUGUCAAGUAUGAGUUUGAAAAGAGUUUACAAAGUCACGGGCCCAGUUAUGCACCAAACGAUGUCUUCAGACUCGACCUUAAAGUUGCAUUCAGUGGCGAUAAGUUUAACAAUUUGAUACAAAAGCAGCAAUUUAAUGAACUGGAUUUUUUGUCAUAUGUUGGUGGACUUUUGGGACUUUUUGCUGGAUUUUCAGUUCUUUCAUUCAUUGAACUUGUUUAUUGGUUCACAAUUAGAAUAUUUUUGGAUAAAUUCAAUCGGAGCUCAUCAAAGGUGUAUCCACUAAAUCAAGAAGUAAGUUUAUCAAUCAGGACUAAGAAGCACGUGGUCAACUACAUGCAGGAAUCAUCUAUUCACGGACUUGAAUUGAUUGCUGGAUCAAAUUUUAAUCAAAGAUUUCUGUGGACUUUGUUCCUUACAAUCUCAAUGACUGCCUGCACAUUUCUGAUUUAUGAGACGAGGGAGAAAAUUCCGGACAGUCGAGUUGUGGCGUUUGAUGAUAAUUUCAAGUUUAUUGAUAAUAUCAGUUUUCCUGCUUUCACAUUCAUUCCUGAAUUCAUACAAGGACCCGAAGUCAAUUUUAAAUUUUCGAUAAUGAUAGGUGAACCUACAGAAAAACCUCCAGAAACUCCAAGUGAUGACUUUUUCAGAAAUGAGUCGAUGGAUGCCUUCUGUGACCCACGAUAUGAUGUUCAUGUAGAAGGCAUUGAUUACGAUUUGAGGCCGUUCUUUCCCGGCAUGUUGAAAGCAACAUCAGAAGUUCAGUGGUUUAAGGAUCAAAUUUUUACAUUUAAUGGAAAAUCCAAUGUAUCUUAUGCAGAAGUGCUGACAGAACGUGGAAUGGGAUUCAGUUUUAAUCUGAUGGAGGCUGAGGAACUGCUUGAUUUUGGAAGUCUCGACUCAAUUUUUCGAUAUAAAAAAAUAAACAAAAAUUCAAUUGAAAAUCUUGAAAAUAUCAAAGUCAGCAACAGAAAUCGAGCAGAACUAAAGCUUGUCCUUAGGAAUCAGCACACAUCGAGUGACAUUGUCUGUAUCUCACCCUCAAUUCUAGUUCACAGCAUUGAUGAGCUGCCCACAUUCUUUGACAGAGAUCAUUUUCUGCCUAUAAUUUAUGGAAUUGAAUUGGACAUUGAAGUCACUCCAGAAAUCAUCAAAACGGACCAUCAGCUGAAGUCAGUCGACCCUAAAACUCGAGAAUGUUAUUUCGAUAGCGAGAAAAAGUUGAAAUUUUUCAAAAAAUAUUCGCUCAAAAAUUGUCUGACUGAAUGCUUUGCAAACUUUACACUAAGCAGAUGCAACUGCACUGACAUUAAUCAACCAUAUAAAGAACCUGUCUUUUGUCCUCUUGAAGAUGAGAAACAUAUCCUUUACUGUCCAUUAGAAGCUUUUAAAGAAUAUAUUGAUAAAGAUGUUCCGUCAUCAGCUGCUUGUUCCUGCCUGCCCACCUGCGACUCAGUCAAGUAUCACAUCAAAUAUUUUCAUAAAUUUUCAACUCAAUCGGAUGAGAUUUCAAUAAAUCUUCGAGUCAACACUGAAGAUGCAAUUUUAUUCCGACGAUAUCAGCAAUUUACAUUCUCGGAUGUUGUUUCGUAUGUCGGUGGACUUUUGGGACUUUUUGCUGGCAUUUCAAUGCUGUCAAUUGUUGAAAUUUUCUAUUUCUUUGUCAUUCGUGUUGCUUUUGAUGUUUGGAGGGUUGUGAGGGGUCAAUAA